AUGGCUGACCAAGAUCAUCCCCCUAAACCAAAGACACCCACAGAGGAUGAUGACAAAUCAGAAGCACGCACAUCUGUGGAUGAUGGCAGGGCAUUUGGAUCGGAUAUCCCAAGAGAAAAUAUCCAAACCAAUGUAGAUCAGCAAAAGAAAGAAUAUCGUAAUGUCGGAGGUAGUGGUCAGGCUGAGUCUGAAUCUGAGGAAAGAAAACCUACAUAUAAUCACAUCAGCCACGAAUGCGGAAACGGUGAAUCAGAGUUAGAGAAGAAGAAAGGCAACAAUGCUGAGAAUAGCAAAGUGGCAAGCAGUCGAGAAUCACAGGAAAUAAAUUAUAUAAAUUCUGGGACAGUACAAGGUGAAGUCGGCCACAUGGGGAGUGAACAAGAAGAGUCAAAAAAAAGGAAACAAAACCUUGUUGAGUCUGGACAUGGCGGCCAGAGAAGUUCUGCAGGAGAUCAUAGGGUGGGGGAAAGUGGACAAGAUAAAUGUAUUUUCACCAUAACCGAGGAAAACACACAAAGAAGUUAUUCACAAGCUGCAGACACACCAGGAAACACACACAAAGGUUAUUCACAAGCUGCAGACACACCCGCAAACACACAAAAAAGUUAUUCACAAGCUGCAGACACACCAGGAAACACACAAAGAGACACACCAGGAAACACACAAAGAGGCUAUUCGCAAGCUGCAGACACACCGGGAAACAAACAAAGAAGUUAUUCACAAGCUGCAGACACAUCAAGAAACACACAAAGAGGUUACUCGAAAGCUGCAGACACAUCAAGAAACACACAAAGAGGUUAUUCGCAAGCUGCAGACACACCAGGAAACACACAAAGAGGUUAUUCGCAAGCUGCAGACACACCGGGAAACAAACAAAACAGUUAUUCACAAGCUGCAGACACAUCAAGAAACACACAAAGAGGUUAUUCGAAAGCUGCAGACACACCCGCAAACACACAAAGAAGUUAUUCACAAGCUGCAGACACAUUAGGAAACACACAAAGAGGUUAUUCGCAAGCUGCAGACACACCCGGAAACACACAAAGUUAUUCACAAGCUGCAGACACAUCAAGAAACACACAAAGAAGUUAUUCACAAGUUGCAAGUGUGAACAUACAACAAAAACCGUAUAACAUACUAUCACCAAUGCCACAAUCAACAAAG